CCUUCGCGCGGCCCGAGGCGGGCUGCGCCAGGUGGGGCCAGGCUGUCCUGGUGGCCGCCCGGCCUGCCCGCCUGCCUUCCGCCGGCCCGCCCUCGGAGUUCAGCGAGGCGCGAUGAAGAGCUUCUCCCAGUGAAAGGAAAGUAGGUCGCACCCACUGAAAAUGCCUUUACGGGACAAAUACUGUCAGACUGACCACCAUCACCACGGAUGCUGUGAACCAGUUUAUAUCCUGGAACCUGGAGAUCCUCCUUUGUUACAGCAACCACUACAGACAUCCAAAUCUGGUAUUCAACAAAUAAUUGAAUGCUUUCGAUCAGGAACUAAACAACUUAAGCAUAUUUUGUUAAAAGAUGUGGACACUAUUUUUGAGUGUAAAUUAUGUCGCAGUCUCUUCAGAGGAUUACCAAACUUAAUUACCCAUAAAAAAUUCUACUGCCCACCAAGUCUCCAGAUGGAUGACAACCUUCCUGAUGUAAAUGAUAAACAAAGCCAAGCCAUAAACGAUCUCCUAGAAGCCAUAUAUCCAAGUGUGGACAAGCGAGAAUAUAUUAUUAAGCUAGAACCCAUAGAAACAAAUCAGAAUGCAGUGUUCCAGUAUAUUUCAAGGACUGAUAAUCCCACUGAAGUAACAGAGUCAAGCAGUACUCCUGAACAAACUGAAGUGGAAAUACAGGAGGCUACCACUGAGCAGCCGAAAACAGUGCCAGUUACAGACACUGAGGUGGAAGCCGAAGAGCCCCCGCCUGUUGAGAUUGUUGCAGAUGAAGCUGCACCUGCACCAGAUGAACAACCUCAGGAGUCACAGGUUGACUUGGAAACUUCGGACAAUUCUGAUUUUGGCCACCAGUUGAUAUGUUGUCUUUGUAGAAAAGAAUUCAAUUCUAGACGAGGUGUUCGUCGCCACAUUCGAAAAGUACACAAGAAAAAGAUGGAGGAACUAAAAAAGUACAUUGAAACACGAAAGAAUCCAAAUCAGCCCUCUAAAGGACGCACUAAGAAUGUUCUAGUUCCAUUAAGUAGGAGUUGUCCAGUAUGUUGUAAAUCAUUUGCUACAAAAGCGAAUGUGAGGAGGCAUUUUGAUGAAGUUCAUAGAGGACUAAGGAGGGAUUCAAUUACUCCUGAUAUAGCAACAAAGCCUGGGCAACCUUUGUUCCUGGAUUCUGUUUCUCCUAAAAAAUCUUUUAAGACUCGAAAACAAAAGUCGUCUUCAAAGGCUGAAUACAAUUUAACUGCAUGCAAAUGCCUCCUUUGCAAGAGGAAAUAUAGUUCACAAAUAAUGCUUAAAAGACAUAUGCAAAUUGUCCACAAGAUAACUCUUUCUGGAACAAACUCUAAAAGAGAGAAAGGCCCUAAUAAUACUGCCAACAGUUCAGAAAUAAAAGUUAAAGUUGAACCAGCAGAUUCUGUAGAAUCUUCACCCCCUUCCAUUAUCCAUUCUCCACAGAAUGAAUUAAAGGGAACAAAUCAUUCAAAUGAAAAAAAGAACACACCGGCAGCACAGAAAAAUAAAGUUAAGCAAGACUCUGAAAGUCCUAAAUCAACUAGUCCGUCGGCUGCAGGUGGCCUACAAAAACCUAGGAAACCAAAACUCUCAGCUGGCUUUGACUUUAAGCAACUUUACUGUAAACUUUGUAAACGUCAGUUUACUUCUAAACAAAACUUGACUAAACACAUUGAGUUGCACACAGAUGGAAAUAACAUUUAUGUUAAAUUCUACAAGUGUCCUCUUUGCACUUACGAAACUCGGCGGAAACGCGAUGUGAUCCGACAUAUAACUGUGGUUCAUAAAAAGUCAUCUCGCUAUCUUGGGAAAAUAACAGCCAGUUUAGAGAUCAGAGCUAUAAAAAAGCCUAUUGAUUUUGUCCUAAAUAAAGUGGCAAAAAGAGGCCCUUCAAGGGACGAAGCAAAACAUAGUGAAUCAAAACACGAUGGCACUUCUAAUUCUCCUAGUAAAAAGUACGAAGUAGCAGACGUCGGUAUUGAAGUAAAAGUCACAAAAAACUUUUCUCUUCACAGAUGCAAUAAAUGUGGAAAGGCAUUUGCCAAAAAGACUUAUCUUGAACAUCAUAAGAAAACUCAUAAGGCAAAUGCUUCCAAUUCACCUGAAGGAAACAAAACCAAAGGCCGAAGUACAAGAUCUAAGGCUCUUGUCUGAUAACUUCAAGUGAUGUACGAAAAGGUUUGGAGUUCAUUUUUGUGGAAAGACUUUAAAUUGGUGUUAGAACCACUAAACAUCUUCACAUGGUACUAUGAGGAAAAAAAGAAAAACAUUCUCAUAAGUUUUCAACUGUAACUGCUGUUUUCUGACUAAAAUAAUAACCAUCUAACCACUUGUUUGUGAGGCAGUGCCUAUCCCAGCACUUUCCAGUAGCUGCGACAUUACUUGUCGUCAUCACAGUCCAUCCGCUAGCCACCUUGACCUUGUGCAUUUGGUCUGCAGUUUCUACAGAUACGUUGUACGUUUUGUUUUCCAAACAGUUUGAUGAUUAAAAUGGUCAACACCCUGAAGAAACUACCAGUUUUUAAUUGACAAAAAGACUUCACAUCUUAAUGAUUUUAGUUUGGGUUCACUUUAUUUGGCACAAGUUUCAUCUGGAUUGUACAUAUAUAUAUGAUCUUUUAGUGAGUAUAUGAUAGAAACAAAAGACAAAUUAGUAUCAACAUAUUAUAAAUAUUUAGUCAAAUAAAUAUUUGUAAUUAUUUUUAUAUCUUUUUAUUUCUAACUUGUUCUUUAGCACUUAAGUGUUUGAAUAGUCUUUCUAAAAUAGUUACUGCAGGAAAAUUCUAGUUCAUUUUCAUGAAUGGAUCAUUAGGUUUUUUUCAUUUAUAACCAUCUGAGGUUUUUAUGAAAAUUAAACAUUCCCCAGUUUUUCCUGAAAUUUUAUACAAAGCACUUUAAUGAUAGAUGCAACUUUAUUUUUCAGUUUCUAUUUUUUUUUUUAAAAAACGACCACACACAUUUACUAAUGUUAACAUGAAAGUAGUAAAUAACCUACUGAUGUUUUGUGGAUGCAGACAAUCCAUGUAUAACCACUUCUAAUGAGACUAGUUUAUUUCUUUAAAUACUGCUAGAAAAGGAAAAUGAGGGUAAAAACCCUGAUUUUUCUCUUUCAAGAAAGAUCAGAAGUGACUACUUUAGGUAAUAUUUGAUUCCGACUAAAAUUUUGAAAAUAAUGAAUUCUUGGCCAUUUUUGUAAUCAAGAUUUUAGGAAAAACAGAAGUACAUCUAUCUAUAUGAAAUUUUGGGCAGGUUUUUGUGCAUUAAUAUUUUGUACUUUUUAGGGAAUAUUUUAUUUUUUAGUAAUUUGUGUCAGAUUAUAAUUUUAAAAGGAACAGCAGAAAUAUACCAUGUUUUUAUAUAGGUUCACACUUGUACUUAGAAGGGACCCUGUCCACCUAUAUAAUUUUUGUAUAAAAUUUUAAAAUGUUGAAGAUCCUACAAGGUCAUAAUAAAAUGCUUUGAUAGCUUAAAAAACAUUUACCCUUCCCAGUGCUUUGCACUAAAAUAUACUGUGAAAGGAAACUAGAGAGACUGUUAUUGUUGCUGGAAAUGUUCUAUAUUGAAUGUACAUGCUUUUGUUGGAAAAAUGUUGGAAAAAUGUGAUGGAAAUAAACCAGACUCGAAGUUAUUUCAGCUAAAUGUGCUUCAAAAAAAGGUGCAUUGGUUGAAACUUAAAUGUUUUAUUAUCGAAUUUAAACUUACUCAGUGACUGUGAGCAGCUACACUUGAAUUAUAUCCUGACAGUUUUAUUUUUAAGUAAUAGAAUAAUAAUUUCUCCUUAAUUUAAAAACAGAUUUACUUUUCCACAUAUGGAAGAUUUGUGCUUAUAGGUCUAACUAUAAUGACUAAUAGUAUAAUAUAUUUAGGGAACUAA